CAUCCCUCUCAGACGUCUGUACCUGUAGAAUUCAGGCAGGAGAAUUCAUUUGUUUCCACUGUUUUCAUUUCAUUCAUUUAAUCACCCUCUACCUCUCCCGCAGACGAAGACGCGGACGCAGUCCUGAUGCUUCUCACUCACCAGCCUCAGCAGCACCUGAUGACACCGGCGAAUGACAAGUGUCCAUUGACGUUGUUUGCUUCCAACGUUCUGCUUUGGCCCAGGGCCUGUCGAUUGUCAAUAUUUGGACUCCUGGUCUGCACCCGCUGGAACAACACUCCUGAACUGACGAGAUAGACUACGGAUCUUUCCAUGCGCACCCGUGUAACCGUCCGUUUGUGGAAUGCUAUCAUCGAGCAACAGCUACGAUCCGACCAGCACAGGGUCUGUUACGACUUGCAAAUCAGGACACAGCUUCACACGCUUCCGGUUUUCACGCGCCAGCCUGCAGCAUCCGGACUGCUUGAAUUGAAAGCUCUCGACGAUCGAACUGAGACAAGGGAACGGAUGUAUGCGCGUCUACUGAGACUCCCGUCUCUACACCUUGCUCUUCCUACCAUUGCUGCGCACAAUCCCUCGUUCUCUUCACAAUGCCACCAUCCACCCCAAUCCGUCCGCGCUCUCUGCCUUCUGCGCAAUUGCCUGAUCUGACGGGGACAACGGUUGAGAAUGGCAGGCUCCAGCUUCUCGCGCUCCUCGGCACCGGCGGCUUCGCCAAGGUUUACAAAGCUUUUGAUACACUCUCCUCAGACUACCAUGCGGUCAAGUGUCUAGCCCGCCGCAAGCCGGGCUCGCGGGGCGACAUCAACCUUCGACACGAGAUCCGGAACCACACGCAAGUCUCACAUCUGCCCGGCGUCGUUACGCUCCACCGGUCGUUCUUGGAAGGCGCGUACAUCUUCAUUGUGCUUGAGCUAUGUGAUAUGGAUUUGCACCGGCUCGUCAUCGACCAACAGCGGUGCGCUGGGCGUCCGGACGUCGCGAAGCGGAUCUUCCUAGAGAUCGUGGAUGUGCUGGAUGCGUGUCAUGCGGCGGGCGUGUCUCAUCGGGAUCUGAAGCCGGGGAACAUCUUGUGUGAUGCGGAUGGGCGCAACAUUCGACUGGCCGACUUUGGCGUAGCAACCUGCGCAGCAGAGUCGACGCAAUUCGGCGUGGGUACACCCGUGUUUGCGAGUCCUGAGAGUCUGGACCGGGACCGAGAGAGUUACUCGACGCGCGGCGCCGAUAGCUGGGCUCUGGGUAUCAUCUUCAUCGCAUUGCUGACGAGCAGUCUGCCGUGGAGAGUCCCAGUCGACAGCGACCGUCGAUUUGCCGCGUACCGAUCGGACCCCGCCAAUCUCCUUCGCCGCAUGCUGGACCUCACUCCCGCAUUCAGUUGCCUGCUCAACCGCAUCUUCCAUCCCGACCAGAGACGCAGACCAGGCCUCGAGCAGCUGCGCACGGAUGUCCUGGCGAUGGAACGGUUCCUCGUUGGGUCGUCAUCUGGACAAUGCGUGUCCAAAUCGCACUCCCGUUCUCUGAAUUCUUCACCUAGGAUUGGCGCGAUCGUAUUCAAGCCGAACCCCAUGUACGCUUUCGCUGCUGUAGUCCCCCCGCCGGUGAACAGCGAGCAGCCUUCCCCGCUGGGCAAGUCCAAUCCCGCUUCCGAUUCGACAUCCGAGACGUCAGUCAGCUCCCGUCGCUCUACAAAGUCGCUGCUUGCGUUGACGAGAAGACUGAAGAAGCUGGUUCUUCCGUCGGGUUUCAGCAAGUCUGAGGACUCUCGCUCUGCUUAGCAUCAUGUUUCGUUUGAUAUCAAUGUCUCGGUACGAUGCAUGUGUGAAUAUUACCAUUGUCCUAUGCUAUAUCCUGCAGUCGACGAUAACCUGGUCAAGACCCACAUCAAGCGAAGGCGUCAUACGUGCUUCUAGUGGACAAGAACUUCGGUAGGAUGUGUCCGUCGUGCUGACCGAGUUCGUUCUGCGGGCCUAACGCAAUGACGCCGUGAAGCCUGUGAUUUCAGUCAGUCGCUAGACUUCGCUGUACUGUAGCUGCGUUCAAGUCAUAACACAUCCCAUCAGUGCAGCAUCUUGAAUGGAUCCGGAAUCGCGGAAGCUACAGGAUAUGUCAAUCGGGGAACAGGGAUUGUGGGGAGGUCUCAGUCUUCGACACCGCGUUGUGAAGUCACAGCAAACCAUUGGAUACCCCAUUCAGCGAUGAGCCUCAACGAUUCAGACCACUCACCAAGAUAGCGCCCUCUUGUAACAAACGGGAUGUUUGGCUUCCUCCAGAAUGUUAAGUACGCGGUUCGGCCUUCGCGGGAGGAAAUCUGGGUAUAGGCUCAUCACGUCGACGCGGAGUUAGGCGCACAUGUCGCGCUUGGAUCGAGCAAAAGACUGGGGCAGCUGCGAGGAAUAUCCCGUUUGGACGAUGGAUGUGCUGAAGCGCAUUCGCGUGGCUGGAAGAUUGGUCUUCCCUUGUUCCGGAUAGGUAUCGAACGAACAGUUGCACUGGUUGAACCAGCCGCAGAGAACCAGUCUGGUUCUCUACGGGCGCCAGGAUGGGGAGGUCACGGAGGUGGAAAAGAUAACG